AUGCUGCGGCGGCAGCUGCAGCAGCAGGAGCAGCUGCAGCAGCAACAACGCGUGCAGCAGCAGCAACACACUCAACAGCAGCAACAAUUGCAACAGCAGCAACAACCACAGGAGCGAGAGGGGUUACAGCAGCAAGAACAGCUGCAGCACAAGCGACGGCGGCGGCGCCAGCAGCAGCAGCAACAGCAGCAGACUUCCUGCUCCCAGCAACCUCAGCAGCAGCUGCAGCAGCAGCAGCAGCAGGAGCAGCAGCAGCAGGAACAGCAGCAGCUACAGCAAACCGAGCUUCAUCAGCUGCCCCACACGCAGCAGCAGCAGCAGCAACAGCAGCAACAGCAGAACCAAGCGCAGAACCAGCAGAACAAGCAGCAGCAGCAGCAGCAGCAGCAGCAGUUGCUGCAGCAGCACGGUUUGCUGUGGUGCCACCCCUUGAAGCGUUUAUUGCACCUGCGAGCGGCAUUUGAGCCGCAGCUGCUGCAGUUCUUUGGGGCCCCUGUGCUGCUGCUGCAGCAGCUAGACGUCGACAAUUGCUGCUGCUGCACCUCCUGCUGCUGCUGCGGGCUACAGCUUCAGCAGCAGCAGCCGCACGAGGAGCGGCAGCAGCACGAGGAGCAGCAGCAGGGCGACAUGCUGCCACAGCAGACCGACAGUACGUGCUGCAACUCAACGGGCAGCAGCAGCAGCAGCAGCAGCAGCAGCAGCAGCAAUGGGAUGGCCUCUGUGAGGGGCCCACCUUCAAGUGCUUCCGCAGCGGGGGAAGCAGAAGCAACAGAAGCAGCAGCAGCAACAAGAGAAGCAGCAGCAGCAGGAAGGACAGCAGCGCAGUCAAUAGCAUCUAGAGAGUCAGCGAGGCCGACUGCAGCAGCCGCAGCAGCAGCAACAACAGCAACAGCAGCAGAGGCGAACCAGACCGCGGAUGGUGCUGCUGCUGCUGCUGCUGCCGAGCUGGAUGCCUUUGCUGCUGCAAGCAGUGCACUCUGCUGCAGCAGCAACUGUGAAUGCAUGGCCGAGGCAGCAGCAGCAGCAGCAGCAGCCGCAGCAGCAGCAGCAAGCUCCGACAGAACUAAACGGCGGCGGUUGCUGCGCGGGAGAGCAGCAGCAGCAGCAGCAGCAGCUCUUGAUUGCUACAGCAGCAGCCGCAGCAGGUCUGAGGUGCAGCAGUAUGCACAGCUGCUGCUGAUGCAGUCGAUUUUGCUGCUGCUGCCCACCCCACAGCUGCAGCAAGGGGACGUGGUGGUGUUUGCAUGCGACUGGCUGCUGCUGCUGCAGCGGCAGCUAGAGCAGCAGCAGCGCAGGGCUGCAGCAGAAACAGCAGCAGCAGCAGCAGCAGCAAAAGGAGCACAAAUUGAACCCAGCACACUCGAAGAAACAGCUAGGAGGUUGCUGCUGCUUCCUGCUGCGCUGCCGCUGCAGCUGCUGCGUAUAUUCCAGUCGGUUUUGCUGCAGCUGCAGCAGCAAGGAGAGCUGCAGCAGCAGCACCUUCUCGCUGCCUUCAAAGGCUAUUUGCUGCAGUGGAGGCGCCGCAGAAAUGCAGUAGCUGCUGCUCUUUUACAAGCAGCAACCGCAGCAGCAACAGCUGAUGCUGCUGCUGCGCAGCAGCAGCAGCUGCGGGAAGCAGCCGCAGCAGCAAAGCGUUUGCUUUCACUUGGAGAGAGACUUGCUCUUCGCCGAUUCAAGAGACUACAGCAGCAGCUGCUGCAGCAGCAGCAGCAGCAGCAACAACAACAGCAGCAGCAAGGUGACUGCAGGCCUGCCUUGAAGGGCAGAUCUGUUCCCAAGGCCAAAGGCCGCAGCAGCAGCAGUAGCAGCAGCAGCAGCAGCAGCAGCAGCAGCAGCAACAGCAACGGCAGCAACAGCAGCGACAGCAGUGAGCUGGCGCGCCAGUUUGAAAGGAGAGAGGCGGAUUUGCUGUUCGAAUUGCUCAGCAGCAGCAGCAGCAGCAGCAGCAGCAGCAGCAAGAGUCUGUCUGCGUACUGCUGCGCUAGGAACCGUUGGCUUCUUGGGGGCCCCAUGGGGGCCCCCUGUCUGUUGUGUGUGCAGCAGCAGAAAGAAGAUGCUGCUGCUGCGCUGCUGAUGCUGCUGGUGAGCUUAGGUUUACUGCGGCAUCCGCCUCUGCAGCGGCAGGUGCAGCAGCAGCAGCAGCUGCUGCUUCAGCAGCAGCAGCAGCAGCAGCCGGUGGUGCUGCUGUCGUUACCUGCUUUAGGCUCUUUGUGUCUGUGGCUGCAGCAGGGUGAGAAGGAGCUGCUGCAGCGGCUGCAUAAGAAUGCACAUAAAGAGUUGCUGCUGCUGCAGCUGCAGCAGCAGGUGCAGCAGCAACCCCUCAAGUCUUGCGGCUUGGGGCUGCGGUUCUUGCUGCUGUUUUUAAUUGGGGUGAGACGUGUUGCUGCUGUUCCGCUGCAGCCCUCAAACCAAAUACUGCUGCGAGCCUUCUAG